AUGUCAUCUUCAACCACCACAACAGUGUCAAACACCGAAGAGCCCCCCAAAUCAAAGGGCGCAGACCCCAAAUCGCACAAGGGCUUCCGCGUCCCUCGUGGCUACUACUUCCUAGUGCUCUUCUCGCCCCUCCUCAUCGGCCUCUCCUUCGUACUCCUCGGACUGGGUUUAAUCCUCACUGGCGUUCUUUUAAUCCUUGCCGCGCCCGCAUUCCUAAUAAUUGGACCGUUUAUAAUUCCGAGAAAUGUAACAUCAGAUGACCCGAGAUGGGGGUGGAAAUGGCUAUUGGACAAAAAUGCCAACGAUUUUCGAGAUUGGGUCAGGGAGAGGGUUGUUAAAGGCCGGGUGUAUUUUAAGGGCAAGGCAGACUGA